CCAAUCAAAAACAUCAAUUGAAAAUCCAUACGUCAACUUAACAUAACUAUUCAGAAUUCACAUCAACUCAAUAAUGUUGCACUACAUUGAUUUCUACUUCUACGUCACCUCUCAAUGAACUAUUUUGCCAAUGAGAGUAUUGCCAUUAGAAAUCCAUACGUAACUAAACUUAUUCGUGACAAUCCCCCUGACUUCCUCGCAUCUAACAACAAUCCCAAUACUUAAACCAUUCGUUCUCUCCUGCUCAUCCAUCUCACUAUCACGUACUAAGUACUUACCCAAAUGACCAUUCUCACAAGAGCAAUUGGCUCUUCAGCACGUUCCAAUCUAAUAUUCUCUUCAAUCAAACGAAAUACUAUCGUAACACGCGCAACAAUGACUACCAUCACCGACGCAAUUCUUAAGGAUCAUCAAGAGAUCAGGGAAUACGCUGAUAAGGUCCGUCAGGCUCCCGAUGAUGAUACUCGAGGACGCUGGCAAAACCAAUUUACUUGGGAAUUGGCCCGUCAUUCUAUCGGAGAGGAAUUGGUAGUUUAUCCUGCUUUUGCAAAGCAUCUUGGUAUGCAAGGUCAAAAGAUGGCUGAUAAUGAUCGUGCUGAACAUCAAACCGUAUGUUCAAUCAUUUCUUUUCGAGCGAUGCAAUUGUGAAACAGAAAAUUUAGUUAACUAACAGCAAAACCAUAGGUCAAAGAAGCACUUUACAAAUUCCAAAAUCUCAAACCCUCCGACGCAGACUUAAUCCCCACACUCGACGCCCUUAUGAAGAACCUCAAUGAACACAUCAAAGGCGAAGAAGCCGAUGAUCUUCCCGCCCUCGAAUCGGCUCUUGAAGCUCAUGAAUCUGAAUCUAUGGCUAGGUCAUUUGGUCGUACCAAGGCUUUUGUUCCUAGUCGAAGCCAUCCUAAUGCACCGAACAAACCACCCUUUGAGACGGUUGUUGGAUUGUUGACGGCUCCGAUUGAUCACUUGGGAGAUAUGUUGAGGAAGUUUCCGGAUGAGACGAUUAGUCCUAAUCCUAGUACAAAGUGAGGGACUAUUAUGUUUAUGGUAAUGGGGCAUUUGAAGGAUUAAUGGAUGCAUUUGGGAGUUUGUUUCCUAGUUAACGAUCACUCUGAGCCAUAACAUGGUAAUUUUACAUGAAUUUUGGAUUUCUUCCGUCGACUUAAUUGCUGGGAAACGAAAGUCCUAAUUCACGAAUAUGAAGGCACUCGGCAUUAGGCCUGUAAUUGCACAAAUGAA